UGCAUAGCCUCCACCGGAAAAUGAAAGGCUCUGUUUUGGAAGUGUCUCUCUAAAGAGAAGACUGACUGUCGACCGACGGACACUAUAAAUACCACGUCUUCUUCACAGCUAGGAAUUAGGGUUCAUAAAAUCCGCUACAGUUCUCUGAAUUUCAAAAUCCUCAGAAUUGGCGCGUAUUAGAUAUUCGCAUACAAAGUUCGAAGCACAUUUAUGAAUCUGGAUACAUGAAUUCACUUCUCCUUUGAGAAGAAAAAUCUGAAGAAGAUCAUGGACUUUUAUUACAGUAACAGUAAUGACAGCAACAUUUCACCAAUCAACGCUCAAAACUACAUAAGCAGAGGAAACCGUUACUUCGAUCCAUACGCUUCAUCAUCAGAUAAUAGUACAAAUAGCAGUUCUUCCAAUAAUAAUAUUCUCUCUCCUUUAUCUCGAUACCUUCGUUCUGGUUCGCCUGUGCCAUUUACUAGCCUUUCUCGAUCGCCUUUAGCUUCCAUAGAGAACAAUAUCGAGGUGUUUAGAACCCCUGUGAAGGUUGAAGAAGAUGAUGUGGUGGUUAUGGAUGGGAUUUUAGUUGAGAAGAAAUAUGGUGGUGUGAGAGGUAAAUUGACGUCAUCAGAUUCAGGUGGACGGUCGUCGUCUUCGGAAACUUGUAGGUGGUGGGAGGAUACGGGGACUUGCCGCUUUGGUUCCAAAUGCCGGUUUGUACACGGGAAAGAAGAUUUACGCCCAACUGCUUUUGCCAACAGGAAUCAAUCUGAGGUAUUAACAAUUGAACCAAAUGCACUGCUUAGCAGAUCAUGUUCAUAUGGACCAAGGGGUCGAUCUGUUCAUCACCAGGUCCACUCAACCGCAUCUUCAACAGAAUCAGCAGCAAUGGCCACCCCUACCACCACUGUUAAUAAACUUGCUGUGUCUAAUAAAGACAAAGAGCCUUCAAGCAGUGAAAGUAGCACCACUUCCGCCUCUACCAUUGCUAUUUCUGGCACUGACUGGUGUCCCCUGGAUGAUAAUAUCGAGGUUACUUUGCCGCCUUCUGGUGAAAAUUGUGCUUCCAGGGAAGAUGUUAAUGCUCAUGUACAGACUGUUCUCUAUGGUCCUUCUGGAAAGAAGCGAUUGCCGGUAUUCGUUGACUUUGUUGAGACUGACAACUCCCAAUAAGGUAAUCAAGAGCUGUUAGUUGCUUCAUUAUGUUCAAAAGGGUUGUAGGUGCUUUUGUUGUGUUGCAGAUUUGACAUCCUGAGAGUACUAUCACAACACUGACAAACUCAGAUAAUUUCUAGGAUAUGAAUGGAAAACUGGACAUAUAUCAUAUAACAUAGAAUCGCUGAUAGUGUUUCGUCUGAGACACGGAAUAAAGCUGGGAACAUAGCAAUAGUUGAUCUGAAGUGCAGGGCAGGGGUCUUGAGCCCCAAAUAAUCUCAGUUUACCCGAAUCAAGUGUUCGUUGUUCUUGUUUUUGAAUUGCUUUUCUGAAUGUUGAGCUUUUUGUAUGAAAGAUCAACUUAACAUCACCUGCA